UUCUGUGUGUUUGCUUCUCCCACUUACAAAUCUGAUCUGGGGGAUCCAGCAGUUACAAGUUCUGCUGUACAAGACUUAAAGGAAUCUGUGUGCAACCUUCUAAAAGUGUAACUUUUCUAGAGAUAAACAGAUCAUAGCUAAGAUCCUGAUCCUGCUUCUAUCAGUAAAAGGUUUCUGGGGCUUUUAAUAAGCCAGAAUCCCAUUUAGUUUUUCAAGUUUGACUUUUGAUAUCCAUCAUUAGCCAGAAGAAGGUGCUGCGAAUUCAUCAUACUGAACAGUAAAGCAUUUCCAUUUUCCAGUAGAUUAACUUUGUGCUUCUGGCAUAAACCUGCUUUCUGUGAAUAUACUUUCUACUUGUGGCAGAAAACAUGUUACUAUUAUUGUUGCUAUUAUUAUUAAGCUGUUGGAGUUAUCUGUUUUGCAGUAGAACAUAUGUAACAGUGUGAUACAGUUAAUAUCAUGACCAUCUUACCUUGCCAAUUCUUUUAUUCUUCUUAUAAUUCUUUUUUGUUGCUGUUGUUUGGGGGGUGUUUGUUUGUUUGAUUGAUUGUGGGUUUGGGGGAGGUUGUCUGUUUUAUUUGUUUUAAUACCAAUUAAGAGCUCUUGGGCAGUAUCUGUCUUCAGCUGUAUGAACAUCAUUUACCAUAGUGCACAUGACUGCAAAAAUUAGGGAUUACUUAUUUUUUUCAGAUACUGAUGUCAGUGGGUAAUGACUGCCUGUGGUGGCUGAAUGCAGUAUUGGUCUUUAUAUGUGAAACAUUUUAAUCAGCCAGUGGUAUGCUAAUUAAAUUCUUAUUCGUACCCUAAUUAAGAGCUACUCUCAUAUCAAACCUGUCUUUGAACAGCUUUGCUGCUGGAGUUGGUGGGCAUCAAAAUAAUUUCUGUAUUUUUUUCCCUGUGCAUUUCCCAAGUUCGAGAGACAUUUGUCCUGAUCAGUGUGUGUUUUAUGUAGGAAGGCACUUCUCUUUCAUAAAGCACAUUAAGUGUUUUUCUCUCCACAGUUUUCAUAACAGGUUAUGAGCAUGAUAAUUCUGUGCUCACAAUGUGGAGGAUAAGUUAAUUGUUGUGUGAUCAGCCUUUGGUGGCUAGCUCCCUGUUGCCACAGCAGCUAAUAACAGGAACAGUACAGCUCCAUGCACUGAUGUUUAGGCUGGCUCGUUUUGUUCUUUUUUUCAAAGUUGUUCCCUAAUUGUCCUGUGGGCAAAAAAGGAGUUUCCCCUGUUUUCAUCUUACAAUUAAUUCCAACAGUUUUCUUUGAAGUAUUGUUAAGUGCUUCUCAUUGUGCCACAAGAGUAACUGAGAGCUGUCUUGGGGGGGAAAUGGGAGGGAGAAAAGAUGGAAGGAAAGUUAGGUCCCCUUUGCUUGUGUUGUGGCUGCCUACUGGGCUCUUUGGAAGAAAGGGUAGGAUUGGGAGAUGCUGGGUUAAAGCUUGAGCAUGGAAUUGCUGAGCCUAUUUUUGUCGUCCUGAGGCUCAUCCACAAGAAUAUGGCCAAAAUUGCAGCUUGGGUUAAGUCAUCUUUAAAGCAGGCUUGUUUGAGGUAUGAAAAACCUGAUAUUGAAAGCCUGGAGAAGUGUUGACUGGUUUCCAGCUGUGGUGGUGUCCUCCUGUGAUAUUGCUAAUGGGAUAAUGCACAGAGACCAUCCGUGGUUCCUGUUGUCAUCUGGAAUGGUGAAACACGAUGCCUUCCCGGAUAGCUGAGCUGGAAAUAUUGAAGAUGCUUAGUCAUGUAUUAACACAUUACUGACUAUAUAGAAGUGCCUAACAACUGCCUGAUGCUUCAGCAAAAAUCCGACCUUGAGCACUAUGACUGGUCUCUCUGCUGUGUUGCAUUUGAUUUAGUCUGUUAUGUAGACCAGCAAAAUGAAUAGAAAACUUCUCACCUGGGAACACUUUGUAUCAGUUUCUUACAGCUGAGCAGAGGGAAAGCAUGUCUUAUUUUCCUCUGUGUUUUGCAACUUGAGAAAAAUAGAAGAGUGGAGACUAAAAUCAAGGACUUCAAAGUCAAAAAUUAUUUUUUAAAGUUGUGUUUUCAAAGAAAGCCCAUCUGUAGACCUUACUGAAUUUUUUGGGAGCAAAAAAGGUGUUUUAGAUUAAAACUCAAGUUUUCAGAUCUAUUACUAAGCAAAGAGUAAUGGUGGCAUAUGAUGAGAUAAGUCACUUUGUUCUCUUGACUUCACAGAAGUGUUUUAGCACUGUGAAUGGAUCAAAUGGGAAAGAUGUAAUCAUGUAUGGAAAUAAUUUUUACCCUCUGCUGCUUUUCUGUCAAGGAAUCUAGGUUCUUGUUAUUUUGGAAAGAAAAGAAAUCAUUUUAUAAAAGUAAGAUUCAAGGUUUGAAAACAUGGAGUGACUGUUUUUGUUUGAAGGUACUUUUUGUGGCUGGUUUUUUUUUUUUUGGGGGGGGAGGGUUUGAGGACAUAUGGAUAAUAUAAUAGCAAAGGAUCUCCAAUACAGUAAUUUCUCAAUUGCAUAUCUGUUAGCCCAUAAUUAUUAUUAUUACCCUUAACUGAUCCUUCAAAUAUUUCUGGAAAUGGUAAAGGGGAAUGUGGUUUGGGUUUUUUGAGCGUUGUUCUUUCACAUAUGCUUGUGAACUUUUUUUUGUAAAUAAUGUCUUUUCUCUGAGCUUUGUCCAUACUGGGGUUUGUUGAGAAUAGUAACAAAGCUGUACAUGGGAUGUUAUUCCAGCUGUUGCAAAAGAAAAUGCAUUUGCUAGGAGGAAAUCUACACCAUGCUGUCACAGCCCUGUGAAGAGUCAAAGAAACAUGUUAAAUAGCUGCAGCUCUACUUGCCAAGAAAUAUUCUGGAGUUUUAUGAGAUCUGAACUUCUGUAUGAAAUUGGAGCAUUGUUGCUUCUUGAGAAGAAGAAAUUACCCAGCUAAAAAUUGUGAGUAGCUUUUGAAUUGAGAGCUCACUUGUACGCGGAGGUAGCUCAUAUGCCGUAAACUCCUACUGGAGUAUGGCAGAUGUUGCAGACACUUCAGCUGGUGAAAAAUUGCACUGCUGUGCUUUUAAAUACAUGGUUAUCCUUAGCUGGCCUCUCCAUCAAAACCCAAAGUGUACCUGUGCUUUUGUCCCAAAAAAAGCCCUUCUCAACCCAUUUAAUCAGCCCUUACAGAGGAGCCAGGAGAUUUGAGUCCUUUUCACAGUCUGAGGGUGGACAGUCACAUCCUCUCAGACACCGAGUGUGACACUGAGUGUAACACUCACAGCGUUUGAUUUGGGUUCAUGUUUGUGAUGGGCAAGGGGAAAUGAGGCCAGGCAGAAAGGACUGUUGGAUGAAGAGGUCACAAGUGCUUGAUCUUAGAUGGUGAUUUUAGUUUGUACUGAAAACCUACCAGCCUUCUCUUUGCCAUUGUAGUGGAAGACUUUGCGUAGAAGAAUUGCCUCAAAGCCUGUGUCACACUUGAGGAAAAGAUUGAGAAAAGUUCGUGUAAUGAGUGAUUAGAAAAACCUUUUGUGAGAAUAUGGGAGAAGAGGUAGUAAAAUAUGGGAAGGGAGGCAAAACUGAAUUACUGCAUAAUAUGGAAAAAUGGAGUACUGAGCUGUACUUAAAGGGGAAAAGGGAGGAAAAAUCCUGCAAGAAAUGAGACUGCAAGAAAUGAACAUUCCAAAUUGUAUUUCAUGUCCUGUCCUGUGAAGACAAUAAUUAAUAUAAUGAAGUAUUGGGCACCCUUAUUUUGUUUAGAAUGUAAUUACAGGAAGCUCAAACAAAUGGAUUGUUGGAGUUAUGCUGUCAAGUCUUCAGUAUUCCAGCUGGGAUCAACUGUUGGAUGUUUGGACUCCUGUGUCCUCAUCACUUCAGAAACAGGAGUGAGGAAAGCACAACACCUGAGUUCUCAUUCGGUCAGCAAAUGUAGGAAUGAAGUUGCUACAUUUAAUACUUAAAUUCUGGGUUAGUUGCAACAUCUGUGUUUUUUUUGUAAGGUAUUUAAAACAUACUUUCAUUACUGUUUUGCAACAAAGACCAGCGUGACAGCUCUGUCUCAAUACUGUGCAAUACAAAGGUGAUCACGAAGCCUUAUUUCAUUUUUGAAAACAAAUUAUACAUACAGAUGCUACCAAAUGCAGAACAACACAGUAGCUACUCCAGAGUUAACUAGUCCAGCGUUUGACCCAGAGAGAUGGCUUUGACAGGUGUCAAUUCAGUGGCUUGACUGAGAGCCUAAGACCUGGGUGACUGUUCAGCUGUAUUCCCUCCUCACUGCUUGUGCUUCAGCCUCCCAUGACAAGCCACAAGUUAGGAGAAUUUUGUGUCCCACGUUGGUUUGUGGAAAUAUAUUGCCUUUUCCUUGCUCUGCCCAGAGCUUUCCCAUGGUAAAUCUCAGUUCUAGUAGUAGAAGGGGAAAUGGAUAACUGUUCCUUAAACACCUGCUCUGUGCCAGUCCAGGCUUUGUAGAUGUCUCUCUUAACCCAUCUCAGCCAGUUCUUUUCCAAGCUAAUGAGCCUUGUGUAACUCUUCAGACUUUGAAAACUCUUCCUCAUCUUCCUUGGCCACUGCCUUUGUAGCUUUGACUAUUUAGUUACAGUCUGCCACUUUUGCCUCACUCUUUUUGUGCUAGGAGACAAGAUUUUAUAAUCUACUAGUAAGCUUUAUAAAUUUUUGUUGGUUUUGACUUGUCUUGCUCAUUUAGAUUAGCUAACGUGUAUUUUUGGAGUCAGCUUGGUCCGUGAUUAUCACCCUUUUUCUAUGUGGGAAUCAAAAGCCAGCCUCCUGGAGCUUUUCCAAAUCCUUCAGAACAGUAUGAACAAGCUCAUUUCUGGCAGUGCGGGCCAGGUGACAGGUGCUUUUUUUAUGUAGGAGGACAAUGAUAGGCAAGAUAAGGGUGGUAGGCAGGAGACAGAAAAGCAGAGACUAAGGCAGAAGGCUUUAUUUGUCAGUCUUAGUAAUUUUUAUGUUUUUUCCUCCCUCAUACCAUGCAACUAUCCUAAAGGAUGUUGGGGAAGGCAUGAGGACCAGCAGUAUUUUGUAAAGAGGUUAAAUUUGCCAUGUCUGCCUUUACUCUAUUUUGCAACAUUCCUGUACCUGUUCUGUAUGUUCUUUCAUUUCUCAGUGUGUGGGCUGCUGUUUUCAUGACAUCCCCUGGCUCCACAAUUCUGAAUGACUCUCCAUGUGUUGCAAAAGGUUGAGAGAGAUGAUGUACCUGUUGACCUUUUCAGGAGAAUAAUUGGGAAGUAUAGACAAGAUGAAGGGAUCACUUGAAUGCCCUCAAAAUGAGUGGGCCACCCUGCAGAUUGAGGAGGGAGUAAAAAAGCAGAAGGCGCUGGCACUUGAAAAUUUAAUCUCCACUGGCUCAUUUCCUCAUGCAGGGAUCAUCCAGAGAGAUGAGACCCCCAUGGAAGAGGAGGUUGCUGGCCGAUGCCGAGGAUGUUUCAGCCUUGCUGAUGUCAUGUACUUCUCCAAGAAGGGCUGUGAGGCAGUUGCAGAAGAUGAAGUCACUCAACGGUUCUCCUCCGAGGAGCUGCUGUCCUGGAACCUGCUCAGCAGAACCAAUGCUAACCUGCACCAUACCAGCUGGAAACUGGCUGCUGUGUGGGUCACUGGCAUCCUAUUUCGGUAUUGCCUCCUGCUGCCUUUCCGCAUCUGCUUGUCUGUUUUCAGCAUCCUGUUGCUGGUGUUGGCCACUACAGUAGUGGGACAGUUUCCAAAUGGCAGAGUUAAAGGCUGGCUGAGCAACCAGGUCCAGAUGGUAUGUGCCACCUUGGGUAUCCGAUGUCUGAGUGGCCUUGUUCAUUUCCAUAACAGGGAAAACAAACCACAGAAAGGAGGCAUCUGUGUAGCCAACCACACGUCUCCAUUGGAUGUCCUAAUCCUGGCCAGUGAUGGAUGCUAUUCCUUGGUUGGCCAGGUACAUGGAGGGCUUAUGGGACUUAUUCAAAAAUCCUGCAUGCAAACCUCUCAGCAUGUCUUGUUUGAACGCUCGGAAAUGAAAGACCGUCACCUGGUGAGGAAAAAAAUUAGAGAACACAUUGCAGAUAAGGCCAAGUUACCCAUUUUAAUUUUCCCAGAAGGUACCUGCAUUAACAACACAUCUGUAAUGAUGUUUAAGAAGGGAAGCUUUGAGGUAGGAGGAACCAUCCAUCCAGUAGCAAUCAAGUAUGACCCCCGCUUUGGAGAUGCCUUCUGGAACAGCACAAAGCAUUCCAUGAUGACCUAUGCUUUUAAUGUGUUGACCAGCUGGGCUAUCGUCUGCAAUGUGUGGUACCUGCCACCAAUGGUCAAAGAGGAAGAAGAAGAUGCUGUUCACUUUGCUGACAGAGUCAAGGCUGUCAUCGCUGCUCGGGCAGGAAUGUCUGUGCUUCCUUGGGACGGGGGACUGAAAAGGAAAAAGGUCAAAGAGUCUUUCAAGGAAGAGCAACAGAAAAAAUAUUGUCAGAUAGUAAUAGAAAAUGGAUCUGUGGGAAACGGAAAUGUUUGUUAAAUGCUAUUUAUUUUAUCUCAUUUUUCCAUUACGUAUCUCUACCAGAAAAUGGACUGGUUUUAUAUUAAACCCAACAUGUUUUCCUUCUGUCCCUGUAAGAUAUUUUGCAUGUGACACAGCAGGGAAACCAUAAAGAGAUAUCCUUAUUUAAAGCAAAAUACUAUAAUUUUAUAAAUAGGAAAACAUAAAAUAUGCUAAUUAAAUUCUCCCUGAGGCUGAAAGAAUCUACAAUAAAGUUAGUUAUGUUCAUUAAAAUACAAUUUAAAAAUAUUUACAAUACUUUGAGGAUUUAAAUGGUUACUCAUAAUAAAACACCUCUGUACUCCUAGACUCUCUCAGGGACUCGGACUAGCAUUGUUACUGUGAGCCACAGUAACCAUGUUGCUCUAGAUAGAUCUCCUGAUGUCAGAAGACAUGAAGCAGUUCACCAAAAUAUGUUUUCUGAAUUGCAUGUUGGAGAGGAAGUGUUGGAUGUCAGAGGGAAAAAGCAGGUGCUGACUUUCUCCUCCAUGUCACAAGACCAGGGAUGGCGUUGUAGAAAGUUUUCUGCUGUGACAAAGAGCAGAACAGUGUCCAGGGCAGCAUGUCCCUGAUGCCUGGGUGUGUGAAACUGAGAUAAAUUAGUACCAGCCAAGGAUGGUGUAACAGAAAAUAUACUGUGUUUUUAAAUUAUAUCUUGUGGUUUUGUUAGAUCCCUUUCUGUGUCUGUUUGUAUGCAUUACACAAAUUAAAGAAAACCUAUGAUGUGA